GGACGUAAAAGCGCCGCCUGGGCGAGGAGGCUGGUUGAGGUAGACCAGGAUCUUUCAAGACUUGACAGAAGCUGAAACCUAUCAGAUAUAAACUUCAAGGCUAACAAAUCCAUGAGUGGGAAUCGAUCCCUGAAGAGACGAUGUGGGGAAUUGCAUUCGGAAUCCCCUGUGCGCUAUGGUCAUGUUCCUUCUGCAGGAUGUGCAUUAAGCAAGUUGAUUCAGUUGCCUACACCGCCUUUGUCAAAGCACCAGUUAAAACGGUUAGAAGAACACAAGUAUCAAAGUGCUGGACGGUCCCUGCUUGAGCCACUAAUGCAAGGUUAUUGGGAAUGGUUAGUUAGAAGAGUACCAUCUUGGAUUGCUCCUAAUCUGAUUACAAUAGUUGGACUGAUAAUAAACAUCUGUACAACAAUAAUAUUAGUGUGUUACUGUCCAACAGCUACAGAGCAGGCACCUGCUUGGGCAUAUAUUGCAUGUGCUUGUGGUCUUUUCAUAUACCAGUCUUUGGAUGCCAUAGAUGGAAAGCAAGCAAGAAGAACAAAUACUAGUAGCCCUUUGGGAGAACUUUUUGACCAUGGCUGUGACUCACUGUCCACAGUUUUUGUGGUCUUGGGAACGUGUAUUGCUGUGCAGCUGGGGACAAAUCCUGACUGGAUGUUCUUUUGCUGUUUUGCUGGGACGUUUAUGUUUUACUGUGCACAUUGGCAGACAUAUGUCUCUGGAACGUUGCGCUUUGGAAUAAUUGAUGUGACUGAAGUGCAAAUCUUCAUAAUAAUCAUGCAUUUACUGGCAGUGAUCGGAGGAACAACGUUUUGGCACACUAUGAUUCCAGUGCUGAACAUCCCAGUGAAAAUACUUCCAGCCCUUUGUACAGUAGCAGGAACUAUAUUCUCAUGUACAAACUACUUUGGUGUGAUCUUCACAGGUGGUGUUGGCAAAAAUGGAUCAACGAUAGCAGGAACAAGUGUCCUUUCACCAUUUCUUCACAUUGGAUCAGUCAUUGCGUUAGCUGCCAUGAUCUACAAGAAAUCUGCUGUGGAGCUCUUUGAAAAGCACCCUUGUCUCUACAUACUAACUUUUGGUUUUGUAUCUGCUAAGAUAACUAACAAACUGGUGGUUGCACAUAUGACUAAAAGUGAAAUGCAUCUUCAUGACACAGCAUUCAUAGGCCCAGCGCUCUUGUUUCUGGACCAAUAUUUUAACAGCUUUAUUGAUGAGUAUAUUGUACUUUGGAUUGCUCUGAUCUUCUCCCUUUUUGAUUUGCUCCGGUACUGUGUCAGCGUGUGCAAUCAGAUCGCUUCACACCUUCACAUCCAUGUCUUCAGGAUCAAGAUCCCUUCCACGCAUUCUAAUCAUCACUAGUUACUUGGUCAUCACCACAAAUAAGAAAUAACUGACAACUAUUUUCUACUGGAGAGGAUUCAAGCAUACUGAGGAGACUAUGAAAACGGGAGCAGAUAGGAACAAGUCUAAUUUAUAAUAAUGUUGUAUAACUUCUACUCUUGGUUACUGACAACACUCCUUAGCUAGCCUCCUCCAGUGAAAGGGGAAUCCCAAGCACUCUCCAAUCAAAUGCGCACAUUUUCCACUCUGCUGGUUGUGUGCCCUGGAAAGCAUGCAGAGAGUAAAGAUUUGUCUUUGUAAUUACCACAACUACAGAAUAAACUCUUGGGGGAAAUGGAUUCCCAACAACAGAGAUUUCUAAUAAAGUGUAAUUACAAGCUAAGACAAUUUGCUUUCUAAUAUUAAUCAUCUCUUAGUAAGAUACUCAUUUAGUACCCACCCAGAAUUUAUUUACUAAAGAGUUGAGCUUGUAACACACAGAUAUCCCACUAGGACUUUGGGCUAGAACAUCUUGGACUUUUGAGUCUGGACUGUGAUCUUGUCAUUCACCUGUUGUUGAGGACUGAGAGAGAUUUUUAAAAGCUCAAAGUUCUUAGGCACGUUAUUCCCGUUGACUCUGGAAGUUGGGUGUAUACAAGUGCCAUCUUCGGAAGCAAUCCACUGUGGCUGGACAGGCUCUGUUCAUUUCAAUAGGAGUGGUGUGGGUCUGCUGGAGGCAAAUGGCUCACACCCACUGAGCUUGAUGAGUUGCACCUUUUGUCUUUAAAAUCCACCCCCAGUGCUCUGUGAGGUGGGGGGGUGGGGUGAUUGUCAGC